CGCACCGUAGAAACAGGAAGUGCAAGAAAAGGCGACAGCAAAACAUCAACAAAUUGAAGCGAAUUAAUAAAAAAUAAACCAUUGUGACUAAAAAUGGACAGUCAAAACUCAAAGUCUACGAGUAACGAUUCACGCUGCGUGUUUUUUAAUACAGAUUCAGAAGACUAUCGAUGCGUGGUGAUUUUAACAGUGAAACGAGCCACAGGAACCUUCUCCUUAGUAGGAUGUAUUUUCAUGCUCCUUGUGAUCUGGCUACUUCGCAGAUAUCACUCUUUGGCUCAGAAGAUGAUCCUCAGCCUGACUGUAGCUGCCUUCUUCAAUAGCGUAGCAUAUGUCAUGGGUGAUUCACAUCCAGAGGGAUCGCUUUGUGACUUCCAGGCCUGCUGGCUAACUUACUUUGACUGGAGUGCCUUGGCCUGGGUUUGCCUCAUCACAGUGAACCUGUACCUCAACCUGGUCCAAGAAAUCAGUACCAACAGAUAUGAGAAGUUGUACCAUCUGAUGGCGUGGGGGGUGCCUCUAGUCAUGGCCUCUUUGCCGCUGCUGAAGGGAUACUACGGCCCCGCGGGAGCCUGGUGCUGGAUCACAGACGAUCACGUAGCCUGGAGAUUUGGGAUAUGGUACGUGCCGUUGUUCAGCCUCAUCUUCCUGAUGAUCUGCUGCUACGCCAGGAUAAUCUGCGUGGCCAAUGCGAGGAUGCAGUCAUGGUUGGGAACCUUCAACCCGGAGAGAGAGAGACGAAAGGUUUCCUUGGCCGAGGAGAUCAAACCGUUGAAGUGGUAUCCCUCCGUUUACCUGGUGGUGUCCAUCUUCCCCCUCAUCAACAGACUCCAUAAUGCCUUCUACCCAAAGGAUCCAUCCUUCUUGCUCACCCUGUUGCACGUCCUGUCGGCACCACUCCACGGCUUGGCCAAUGCCUUUGUCUUCGGCCUGGACAGGGAUUGGUGGAGCCUACUGAGCCCUACUGGCAUGCAGCUGGCUCUGCAGUCCCGGCUUGUAGACAGGACUCUGAUUGGAGAGUACCACCCCGGGGCGGUGCGCUACACACAGGCUGACCUGGUCGACCUCAGCGAUGACGACGACGACAAUGACACCAACGUGCUCUUCUUCCCCGACAUGACCCUGAAAGACGAGGGCCCUGAGAGAGAGCCGGAGAGAAUAAGAGAGAGGGGGAGAGAGGGAUAGAGGGGAAGAGCCCGGAGGAUAUGGAGCACGAACGAGGGUCACAGCCAGAGAGAGACGCCAGCGGAUUAGAAACUGAGAGAGAGAGGAACAAGAGGUAGAGAGGGAAUGAAAGGAAGAUUGGGGGACAGUAAGGCAGAUAGGAGGCGGAGAUGAGCUGUAGGUUCAUUAUUAAUCCCCAUCCUUACUAUUUAAUAUCCUAAAGAACACACACACACAAAAACACACACACACACACACACACACACACAUACACACACACAGCGAGCAGAGCUGCAGCUCCCUGCUAUACUACUAUGGGAGAGGAGCAAAGACAGGAUCGGCUCUAAAGAUCCUCCUAAUGUCAAAGGCAUCUGCUGCAUCCCAAAGGUUUUAAAACAAUUUCCCCUCUCUGCACUGCCUUCUUCACUCCUGCACUCUGCAGUGUUUUGGCACACCGCAAAAGUGAAAGGGGGGGAAAAGGAACGACUGAAAGGCAAUCAUAAUAAGGUGUUAUGUUUUUCUCCUUGCAUAUGACUUUAUUGUUGUUUCGCACAAGUGUUACUUUGAACGGUUGUUUUGUAUUUUAAUGAAAUUCUACAUGUGUUUGAUAUACUGUAUUUAUCACUGUACCAUAUAUAUUUAAGUGUACACUCUAUUUUUGUACGUGCCUUGGACUGGAAUAUGUCCAAACCUGCUGCUCUCACAUGACAGUUUAAAUACAUAGCCUUAUGGACAACUACAAAACAUGUAUUGUUAAUCAGUCAACACGAACACACACACAUACAUACAGACACACGUGCUCUCUCGAAAGUCCCUGUCAAAACAGGUCCAAAUCGAGGACACGCACACAUGCCAUAGCAACAGCCUGUGAUGGUUCAUCACCUCCUGGCCCUUGUCAGAGGUGCUGAGGUGUGAUUGGCGGGAUAAUGGAGUCGCUUUAUAUUCAACCUCAUGCAGCCCAUUUGGUAUUUCCACACAUCGUGGUGGUUUCAUCACUGUCUGUGCGAGCUGCCGGCUGUCAGCUGCCUCUCUGACAGGUUGAACUAAUGAACCCACUCUUGACCCCUUUUUACCCUUGGGUUUUUGAACUUUUCUGCUCGGCGUCAAUGACACUAGAGCGCAACUUUAGAUUGCAGUUUACAGAGCCCCACCACUGUGUUAUACACACACAAACACAUACACACACACAUGUCCACACACACUGCCUAAACCCCAUUUUAGGCACUGUUGCUGGUUUUACUUGACUGUGCACUCCAUCAAAUAAAUGAGCAGGAGAGACAUUUCAUAACAAA